GUUUCCUGUUUCCUUGUUCCAACAGACAGUUCCCAUUCCAGUCCUCCCAAUACAAAUAAGGUGAAACUCGCUUGGUCCAACAGCCCAUUCAAGUAGGAACCACCCCCACUACACUCUAAACUUCCUACCUUCCCACCUUAGUUUGUAAGCAAGUCAUGAACUGGGCGACCUGGAAUUAUUAGGCCCGGAGCGAACGCCAAGAUAUGCAACACCGUUGAGUCUGCAUAAGGCUUGUCAAGAUGGCAGAUCAGGAGCUUCUGAAGGGGGUCGUCGGCGUUGCUGGAACAGCUCUGGUUGUGCCUCUAAGUCUCCCUGCUCUCAAACGAGGUCUUAGUCAGCUUAGGCUUCGGGGAGGAUAUGCGCUUGUCGAAGACCUCUAUCACGAUGAGGAUGGCACCGCAACAGAGGACUCCAUCAGGGCAUACACCGACCUCCGCCCGAGGAUUGCACUCUGGCUGAGUAUCAGCGCCGGCCUCGCGGUAUCGAUUGCAUCCAAGGCGCUGUCAGCGCAGAAUGCAUACCCUUGGGACGACCGGCACUACCGCGGCCUGUUUAUCAUAUCCUCGUGGGCCGAUCUGGCGUCAUGGAUCCUCAUCUGCCUGCAAGGCGUGUGCAUUCCUCUCAGGAAUCAUUACCUGCUCAAAUUCCGUCUAGGGAUCUUCGGCUUGCUGUCUUCGCUGACCCUUGCCAUCUCCAUCGCCCUGAGAGAUGCCUUCCCCGCGAUGGCCGCCCUGACCGACCCUAAUGUCGAGGUCAGAGUGUACGGCGUUCUGUGCCUUGCCCAGUUGGCAGCAGCACUGGCGGCAGCUUGUUCUUUCGCCGCCUUCCCCCGCCGCCCCGAUGUCUAUGAAGAUGGCCACUUGGUCGACCAGCAGCAUACCCUGUCCUUGCUCUCUCUGUUCUCCUAUUCUUGGAACCGAGUCAUCUUUGAUAUCCCAAAGGGGGGUCAGAUGAAUAUGUCGGACAUUCCGAUGCUGGACCACAGCACCCGCUCCCGUAACUUGCGGGACAGCUUCUUUGCACGGCGUGGCAAGGGGUCAAGACUCUGGCGGCAGCUCAUCAAGGCUUAUUCUCGCGAGCUUGUCAUCCAGUGGAUUCUGACCCUGGUCAUUGCCUUCCUGGCUCUCUUUCCGCAGCUCGUGCUGUUCAAGUUUCUCGAGAGGAUCGAGUCGAGAGAAGACUUCAACUCGGCCGACCCCGGCCUAUUUGCCUGGGUCUUUGGGUUACUCCUCAGCCAACUGCUCCAAGUUGGGGUUUAUAACUGGCUGAGAUGGAUCACGAAUAGCCGGCUGGAUACCCCUGUUCUGUCGCUCUUACAGUCACUGGUCUUUUCUAAAGCUCUUAAGCAGUACGAGACUGCUGCUCCUGGACAGAAGGAGGGAGGAAAAGAAAAGGACAAGUACAAGGCAAAGGCCGCGGACUCGGGCAAAGGUAAAGACAAGAUGAAAUCUAGAGAGGACGAGACUCGACAGUCAGUUAUCAACCAUAUGAAACUGGACAGCAACCGGGUCACGAUAUUUUGCCAGUACAACAACAACUUCCCCCAGUCCUUCUUCAAACUCAUCUUGGCGGGGUCCUUCUUGAUGCGGCUGCUAGGCUGGAAGAGCACAUUGGCCGGGCUCGGGUCGGCCUGUCUUAUCAUCCCGAUCAGCACUCGGAUGUCCAAUAAAUAUGGGAAACUGCAUUUCAGUUUGAUGAGGUACCGCGAUGCCAAAGCCCACCUGUUAACCGAGGCCCUGCAGGGCAUGCGGCAGAUCAAGUAUUCGGCGCUCGAGCAGCACUGGGAGGAUAAGAUCCUCGCCAGCCGCAACGAGGAGCUGAAGCAGUACUGGAGGGUUUCCAUGUGGCAAUGCGUGCUGAUCUUCCUCAUCAAUCUCGGGCCCCUACUCCUAGCCUGCGUCGCUUUCUCCGUCUAUGUCUGGGAAAACGGCACGAACAUCAGGGCCUCGGUGCUAUUCACAUCGCUGGGUCUGUUUGACCAGCUCGACGAGGCCGUGGCCUUCCUCCCGCUUCUACAGAUGUACCUGGUAGAGGCCUGGACCAGCUGCGUGCGAUUGGAAAAGUAUCUCACACAGACCGACAAGGAGGACAUUGCGAUCCCCGGGGAUACAAUCGCACUCGACAACGCGACGGUGGCCUGGCCAAAGAUUGAAGAUUCGGACGGAGACUCGACAGAGCCGAGCGAUGCUCAUUCGAUGCUGAAGGACAUCUCCCUAGAAUUCCCCACUGGCAAACUUAGCGUUGUCACCGGAAAGACUGGUUCCGGCAAGAGUCUCCUCCUUGCUGCCCUCCUAGGGGAGGUAAAGCUCGUGUCAGGGACGAUACGGGUACCAACUCAGCCGCCGAUACCUGAAGACGCCCCUAAGAGCAUACCUGCAUCUGGGUGGGUCAUACCAUCGUUGACAUCCUUCGUAUCCCAGACCCCCUGGAUCGAGAGCGGGACAGUGAAGGAAAACAUUGUGUUCGGCCUUCCAUUUGACGAAACACGAUACCAGAAAGUUCUCCACGCCUGUGCCCUGGGGAGGGAUAUCGAGCUGUUAGUGGACGGGGACCUGACCGAGGUCGGACCCAAGGGCGUCACCCUCAGCGGCGGCCAGAGAUGGCGCGUGGCUCUCGCGCGUGCUCUGUAUUCCCGCGCCGGAAUCAUCAUUCUUGACGACGUCCUCAGCGCCGUCGACGCCCACGUCGGGAGACUAAUCGUCGAGGAGGCGCUCACGGGCGAGCUAGCAAGGGGGAGGACGCGCAUCUUGGCAACCCACCACGCAGAGCUCGUUCUUUCCAGAGCGAGCUACCUCGUACGGCUCCGAGAUGGAAGGCUGGAGUCGGCAGAGAGCCUCGUCAGUUCUGAGGAUGACACAAAAGACGACACCGAAGUCGAAUCCACCUUGGUGUCGGACAGCGGAGCCGAAUUCGAGGAGGACCAACAGCUGAAGCAGAACAAUAAGAAACCCAAGGAUGGGAGUGACAAUGAGGAGAAACGGGAAACAGGUCGGGUCAAGUGGAAGGUCUACAGGGCGUACUACGACGCCAGCGGUGCGGCCUUCUACUGGAUGUUUGGCAUCAGCGUGCUGAUCAUUGCCCGUCUCCUGCCCGUUGCCCGAACGUGGGCCCUGAAGGAGCUCGCGCAGAGAGUGACCAGCGAAGACGGCCCCAAGCCCUUGGUGCUUGCCGGAGUCACUAGUUCCCAGGUAUAUCUCGGCAAGGCCGAGUACCGCAUCGCUGCCGACUCAGAGCGCGACGUCGCCUUCUGGAUGACGACAUACGUCGUCUUAUACUUCCUGGGCAACAUUGCGACAGUCGUCAGAGUACUUGCUCUUCUCGUCGUGGGCUUGAGGGCGGCAAAGGUGCUAUUCCAACGGCUCACCCAUGCCAUCCUCCGGGCUCCCCUGCGUUGGAUAGAUACGAUACCCUCUGGCAGGAUCUUGAACCGCUUCACCUCGGACACGUUUGUUGUUGACAAGCGGCUGGCGCCCGAGACCUUUGGCUUCAUCCAAAACAUCUUUGGUUUGCUAAUUAUCGUCGGGACAAGCUUGUCCGUGUCUGUCUAUAUCAUCUUCGUCGGGCUUGCUCUGCUGGUUUUCUACGCCCGCAUAGCCAGCGAGUAUAUCAACGCGGCCCGCGAAAUCAAGAGGCUUAACUCGACUUCGCACUCGCCCAUCUACGACCAGUUCAGCUCAGUCCUGUCCGGUCUCUCCACGAUCCGAGCGUUUGGCCGGAGCAACUUCUACAUGAAUCGCAUGUACGCCCUUAUUGACGACAACGCAAAGGCAGGCUGGGCACUCCAGAUCGCGACUCGCUGGAUGACGUUCCGAAUGGGCGCCCUCGGCGCCGUCUUCGUAACGGUCGUGGCGACUGCCGUCGCCAUCGGAGGCGUGGACGCUGCCCUAGCCGGAUUUAGCCUGACAUUUGCGCUGAGAUACACUGGUGCUUUGACGACGUUGCUCCAGAGCAUGACGUCCGUCGAACUAGGCUAUAACGCGGCGGAGCGUAUCUUGGAAUAUGCAGAGAUCGAGACGGAACCGGAGGGGGGCGACGAUGCGCCUGCAGCAUGGCCAACCGAAGGGAGGAUCGAGGUUGAUAACCUGACAGCCAGCUAUGCCGAGGACCUACCUGACGUUCUCAAGAGCGUCAACUUCACCAUCAAGGCUGGCGAACGGAUAGGGGUCGUCGGACGGACGGGAGCCGGCAAGUCUACUCUCGCCGCGGUGCUCUUCCGGCUGCUCGAACCCAAGCAGGGGUCGGUGCGGAUCGACAAUAUCGACAUAUCCACCCUGAAGCUGGCACAAUUGCGCAGCCGACUCGCCAUCAUCCCGCAAGAUCCGUUCCUGUUCUCGGGGACCCUGCGCUCAAACCUGGAUAUGGAAGGGAAGCUCGAUGAUUAUGACCUGGAGCUCGCCUUGCAGCGAGUCCAUCUGGUCGAACCCCAAGGCCCAGAUCCGGAGCGACCAAGCACCUAUGUUCCAGCCGAUGUCACGGAGGAGCCGUCCGCCGUGGCUGCAGCUCCUCUGGCCGACACGACAGAAGCCACCUCACCCGACGGGACCUCCGUCGCCAGCACUGACGGGCCCGCGCCCGUAGAUCCCACAGAGCCCGACGCCAGCACGGCAAGCAACAACGCGACCAACAUCUUCACCAACCUCUCGCACCCGAUCUCAACAGGCGGCCUCAACCUCAGCCAGGGCCAGCGCCAGCUGUGCUGCCUCGCGCGCGCUCUCCUGUCGCGGCCCAAGAUCGUGGUCCUCGACGAGGCGACGUCGGCCGUCGACCGCGGCACCGACGCGGCCAUCCAAGCGUCGCUGCGGCGCGAGUUCGCGGCCGCGGGGUGCACGGUACUCGUCGUCGCGCACCGCCUCUCGACCGUCGCCGACUUUGACCGCCUGCUCGUCAUGGAGGGCGGCAGGGUCGCCGAGAUGGGCACGCCGAGGGAGCUGCUGCUGGCCGGGAUGGCGAGGGCUAAUGGGGGAGGCGGCGGCGGCGGCGGCGGUGGUGGUGGCGAAGACGGAGACGACGAAUCGGCUAGUAGCAGCGGCGGGAGUGGGAGCGGCACGCGGGUCGGCGGGGAGGACGAGAGCGGUGGCGGCGGGGAUGGUGAUGGGACUGGGGCGUUCUGGGGGCUUGUGGAGAAGAGCGCCGAGAAGGAAAAGCUGAUUGAGUUGAUUCUGGGGGAUGAGAUCUAAGACGGGGUUGAUUAGAUUUGUUCAUAGGUCGUGAGGUUUUAAAUAGGGGGUUUUCUUUUUGUUUUUCAAUUUAAAAGGGGGUUUUCCUAUAUUUUUCUUUUUUUCUAGUAGACCGAUCAUAGACAUCGUUACUGAGGAAAGCACGGUAGGAAAAACGAACUCUUGUUUCCUGCGCUGUGCUCGAUGGAACUACCUACCUAGGUACCUGCCCAGCCUAAGUAGGCAAAUACCUAGGUAGAGGAAGUUGCUCCUCAGGGUGGCUAUACGUGAUAUAGGUAUCCACACUUGUUCCUAACAAAACUGUUUGUGAA